AUGAAAUUUGGACUUGCAACUAUUUCACAUCUUUUAGUUUUAGUUGUUGAAUGUGGAAUGAUUCUUGUUUUAUUAUCAUUCUUUUUACCAAUGGUAGCAACACGAGACAUUGAUGAAAAAGAUCAUACUGUUAGUUAUUAUUCAAGCCAUUUAAUUUCAUUUUGUGUUGAUGUUGAUACUGAAUUUACUAAACACACUUGUGUGUAUUAUUCAGGAAACCAAGCUUUCUUUGAUAAUCUUCCACAUUUUUCAUCUCAAUAUAGUUGUUAUCUUAUAGUUACUGUAUUAACUUCAUUUAGUCUUAUUUUUACAGUAUCUUAUCUUUUAAUUGAAUUAUAUGGAUUCUUCAAUCCAGAAGAUGCUCAAACAGGUGUAAUAAAGAAUUUAAGUUAUUACUAUGAUAAACUUAGUUCUUUCUUCUCUUUCUUACCAAUGUUAUCUGAUUCUUUACUCUCAUUAAUUUAUGGAGUUUUCUUCUCAAGUAUUGUUGGUGUAUUUAAUCUUAUUUCUUUAAUUGUUCUUAUUAUUGGAGUUUCUGGAUCUGGUUUUGAUGACGGUAAUAAUUUACAUGUAGUUUCUAAAUCAUUAUGCAGUGGAUUUUUCAUUUACCUUAUUGGUAGUACUCUUCUUGUUGGAGGAAUUAUUGGAACUACUUUAGCCCGUUUCUUUUCAGGAAAAAUUGAUGAAAGUCAAGUCCAAACAGAGCCAAACCCAGCUUUUGAUGUACCAGCAGACCAAUAA